UAGCCCAGCUGCAACCAACUUAAGCCAAUGCUCUUUGAAGUCGGCCAGAUAACUAAACCAGGGCUAUUAGUUUCUAACUAGUCCAGCAACGGGUGGAGCCCAAAUUAUACAAAACCUAGAUCGGACCCCAACCGGGUUAUCCAAAUUGCCGACCCUGGAAAAUUGAAGAGAAACAGAAACAAAUUGUUAAGAGAAGAGACAGAGAUGGCAUUGCCUUCUUAGGGAUUUGAAUGAGUCAACUUCUUCUGGAAUUUACGUCGCUUUCGAUCCCAAUCAUCAUCAAAAGUGGAAAAAUCAAAAUCUGAAAAUGGACGACUUGGACAUUGAUUCAGUAGUGGACAUACCUGACACUCCUGAUAGGUUAUCUUCACGGCGAAUGAAUGGAGGAGAUUAUGUUGAAAAGGAAAGUAAUAUAUCUGUAGCUGGUCAUUUAGGAGGUUCUACUACUGCAGGUGAAGGAUCUUUUGAUAGUCUACGGGACAGAGGUAGGCUGCUAGCUGAGAAUGGGUGCAACAGAAAAUAUUAUAUACACCCUCGAAAACUUUCAGACUGUGUUGAUGGAAAUGAGCGUUGGAAAAACACCAUAGUCUUAUCCCCGCUAGAGAAAGCUCAUGAAAAUGCUCCUGUAUUUAUGAAAACAGCAAUGGAGAGAAUCAGGAAUUCCAUUAGAGAGCAAUACAUGGAUAAAGGAAAAGCUUGUUGCUCUAAGUUCCCUCCUAAAUCAUCUGGAUUCCAAGAAGGCCAUGAGAUUCUAGAUUUAACUGGACAGAAUAUGUACAACCAAAUUCCUGAAAUGGCAUUUCCACAUGGUGGAUCAAAAAAUUGCUUAGCUGAAGGAAGAAAAGAAGGUGAGGUACCAAGAAAUGUUGGUUCUUAUCUAUGUAACUCUUCAAACAAUUCUACAACGUCCAGAAAUAACUGCAAGGGAAAGGAAAAAAUAGAGGACAUUGGAUUUAAAAAUGUAGGUUCAGUUAUGAAUCAUGGAAAAGGGGUGGGUCUCUCUCUUGGUUCCCCACUUAGAAUGGAAACACAAUUGUCUGCAUCUCACCAUUCUGUUGUCUCACCAAGAGCAGUUGGGCAAAAAAGAUUGGUUCGAAAUGGCUGCAUCUCCCCCCAGAAUAUAGCUAUCAGAGCUAAACAAUUAAAUGAACAAUCCCAAAACAGCUUUAAAGCUGAACAAAAUUUUGGCAAUGCGGUUAGCAAUGGUUGUUGUACGAUAGAUAUUAGUGAGAUAAUUGCUGAAGAUAAUAAUUAUGGUAAAGGAAAAGGAGUUGGCCAUCCCCACACAUCUAAGGGCCAUGACAUCAAGUUUAUUAGUUUAUCUGGCAGUCCUGUGAGUAAUAAUGUAGAAGCUAGUGGUGGUAUUAAUGAUUCGAAUAGGGAGGCAUGCUUUGAAGAAAAAGGUGGUUGGAGAAGCACAUGCAACCAUUCAAAGAAUGUAGAUCAUGCAUCUGGACAUCAUUUCAGCAGAUUUAAUAAUGUUGGAUGCCAAGUGAGUCAACAAAAUGAAAAUAGAGUUAUGAAAGGAGAUAAUGCUAGUGGAGGAAACAACAGGACUGUAUGUGAUUGUCCAGAAAAUCAAGAUGCAACUGAAAUGGAUACUGUGAUCUUCUCAAAAUUCAUCCAAAUAAGUGAACCUUCUAAUGCAAAAAGAAUGCUGCCUGAAAGGCAAAAGAAACAUGUAUUAACCUCAAGAAAUGGUGGUGAAAGCUCUAGGGUCAUUCCAAAUGACUCAGACAUUGUGUUUUUUGGUUCAUCUAGGGGAUCAUCUAGUUCAGGGUCAUCUAGAAUUCAUAUUGGGCAACAUAUGAAUGUUUUGGAUCUUGAUGAAAUGAGAGGGACAAGUGCCAAUUAUGGUGACUGUGUGAAUGAUGACGACUUGGAGGCUAGGGCAAGGCAAGUUGAAGCGGAUGAAAUGUUGGCCCGUGAACUCCAACAACAAUUAUAUCAUGAGGUCCCAAUAUUUGGUGAUGGCAAGAUUGAUGAAAACAUUGCAUGGGCACUUCCGCAGGAGGAAGAUGCACUAUGUCCUACUUCUAUUCAGACUUUCCGUGAGCCAAAUCAUAGAGGCUCAACAAGGCAUUCUCGUACUCAGCCUCCGCUGCGAAUUUUUCAGAAUUCUUCAAAUAGGAGAGGAGUACAGACUCGUUUACUUACUUCUGCUAGACGGUUGAGGAGUCGUGUUUUGAAUCAACCUCGAGUGGCACCAUCUAGGACAAGGAAUUUUCAGUUUCCUUUGGAAAUGGAUUUGGAUAUGAGACUUUGUAUAUUGGAAGCCAUGGAAGCUGCUAUUGGAGAUGGUGAUGACAUGGGAAUGGCUAGUCACAUCUUCCAAGUUCAACAUGAUUUUAAUGAAAACGAUUAUGAAAUGCUGUUGGCCCUGGAUGAUAACAAUCAUCAGCAUGGUGGUGCAUCAACUAAUCAGAUUAACAGUUUACCACUGUCAAAAGUACAGACUGAUAAUUUUGAAGAAGCUUGUGCCAUAUGUCUUGAAACCCCCACCAUCGGAGAAACCAUUCGCCAUCUUCCUUGUCUACAUAAAUUUCACAAGGAUUGUAUCGAUCCAUGGCUGAGCAGGAAAUCGUCAUGCCCAGUUUGCAAGUCAUCUAUAACUUGAAUGAUUCGACCGCUACACACGAAGGGAAGGGAUCUGAAAGCUUGAUGAAAGAAAGCAGACAUGGCCUUGAAAUGUUGAUGGAGGAUCGUAAUCCUCAGUGUAACCAAUGGGGAAAGGGAUUAACGUCUAGAAAGUAGAAGGCAGGCAUGCAACUAAGCAUAUGAGCCUCUUUAAGCUGCUUUUGUUCUGAAUUUUUGGUGGGAAAUGGUGAAUUGGCUACCCUAAUUAUUUUUUACCAUUCUUCCCCUAUCAAGGCUAUUGUUGCUUCCCUAAAGGUGUGUUAAUAUCCAUUUGCAAUAGAAUCAUUUCAUGCUGCUCCCCUGCCCUCUGUUUU